GUCCUGGCGCCAGUGAAAUUGAAUUGUGAACCAUGGCCGUGUGGAUACAAGCCCAGCAGCUCCAAGGCGAAGCCCUUCAUCAGAUGCAGGCGUUGUAUGGUCAGCAUUUCCCCAUUGAGGUGCGGCAUUACUUAUCCCAGUGGAUUGAAAGCCAAGCUUGGGACUCAAUAGAUCUUGAUAAUCCACAGGAGAACAUUAAGGCCACCCAGCUCCUGGAGGGCCUGGUGCAGGAGCUGCAGAAGAAGGCGGAGCACCAAGUGGGGGAAGAUGGGUUUUUGCUGAAGAUCAAGCUGGGGCACUAUGCCACGCAGCUGCAGAACACGUAUGACCGCUGCCCCAUGGAGCUGGUCCGCUGCAUCCGCCACAUCUUAUACAAUGAACAGAGGCUGGUCCGAGAAGCCAACAAUGGUACGUCCCCAGCUGGAAGUCUUGCUGAUGCCAUGUCCCAGAAACACCUUCAGAUCAACCAGACAUUUGAGGAGCUGCGACUGGUCACACAGGACACGGAGAACGAACUGAAGAAGCUGCAGCAGACCCAGGAGUACUUCAUCAUCCAAUAUCAAGAGAGCCUGCGGAUCCAGGCUCAGUUUGCCCAGCUGGCCCAGCUGAACCCGCAGGAGCGUCUGAGCCGGGAGACGGCCCUCCAGCAGAAGCAGGUGUCCCUGGAGGCCUGGCUGCAGCGCGAGGCCCAGACGCUGCAGCAGUACCGCGUGGAGCUGGCCGAGAAGCACCAGAAGACCCUGCAGCUGCUGCGGAAGCAGCAGACCAUCAUUCUGGAUGACGAACUGAUCCAGUGGAAGCGGCGGCAGCAGCUGGCCGGGAAUGGAGGGCCCCCCGAGGGCAGCCUGGACGUGCUCCAGUCCUGGUGUGAGAAGUUGGCCGAGAUCAUCUGGCAGAACCGGCAGCAGAUCCGCAGAGCUGAGCACCUCUGCCAGCAGCUGCCCAUCCCCGGCCCCGUGGAGGAGAUGCUGGCCGAGGUCAAUGCCACCAUCACAGACAUCAUCUCGGCCCUGGUGACCAGCACAUUCAUCAUCGAGAAGCAGCCCCCUCAGGUCCUGAAGACCCAGACCAAGUUCGCAGCCACUGUGCGCCUGCUGGUGGGCGGGAAGCUGAACGUGCACAUGAACCCCCCCCAGGUGAAGGCCACCAUCAUCAGUGAGCAGCAGGCCAAGUCACUGCUCAAGAACGAGAACACCCGCAAUGAUUACAGUGGAGAGAUCCUGAACAACUGCUGCGUGAUGGAGUAUCACCAGGCCACCGGCACCCUCAGCGCCCACUUCAGGAACAUGUCCCUGAAACGAAUUAAGAGGUCUGACCGUCGUGGAGCAGAGUCAGUGACAGAAGAGAAAUUUACAAUCCUGUUUGAAUCACAGUUCAGUAUUGGUGGAAAUGAGCUGGUUUUUCAAGUCAAGACCCUGUCCCUCCCGGUGGUGGUGAUUGUCCAUGGCAGCCAGGACAACAACGCAACGGCCACUGUUCUCUGGGACAAUGCCUUUGCAGAGCCUGGCAGGGUGCCAUUUGCCGUGCCCGACAAAGUGCUGUGGCCGCAGCUGUGUGAAGCCCUCAACAUGAAAUUCAAGGCCGAAGUGCAGAGCAACCGAGGCCUGACCAAGGAGAACCUCGUGUUCCUGGCGCAGAAGCUGUUCAACAGCAGCAGCAGCCACCUGGAGGACUACAACAGCAUGUCCGUGUCCUGGUCCCAGUUCAACAGGGAGAAUUUACCAGGACGGAAUUACACUUUCUGGCAGUGGUUUGAUGGUGUGAUGGAAGUGUUAAAAAAACAUCUCAAGCCGCAUUGGAAUGAUGGGGCUAUUUUGGGUUUCGUGAACAAGCAACAGGCCCACGACCUACUCAUUAACAAGCCCGAUGGGACUUUCCUGCUGAGAUUCAGUGACUCUGAAAUCGGCGGCAUCACCAUUGCUUGGAAAUUUGACUCUCAGGAGAGAAUGUUUUGGAAUCUGAUGCCUUUUACCACCAGAGACUUCUCCAUCCGGUCCCUGGCUGACCGCUUGGGGGACCUAAAUUACCUUAUCUACGUGUUUCCUGAUCGGCCAAAAGAUGAAGUGUACUCCAAAUAUUACACACCGGUUCCAUGCGAGCCUGCCACUGCUAAAGCAGUGGACGGAUACGUGAAGCCACAGAUCAAGCAAGUGGUCCCUGAGUUUGUGAGCGCAUCUGCAGACUCUGCCGGGGGCAGCGCCACCUACAUGGACCAGGCCCCCUCCCCAGCCGUGUGUCCCCAGGCUCAUUAUAACAUGUACCCACAGAACCCUGACCCUGUCCUUGACACCGAUGGGGACUUCGAUCUGGACGACACCAUGGACGUGGCGCGGCGGGUGGAGGAACUCUUAGGCCGACCUAUGGACAGUCAGUGGAUCCCUCAUGCGCAGUCGUGACCUCCCGUCUCCAUCUUCGGCUUCUUCAUCCUCACUAGAGGAGUUACUCUUGUGGAUGUUUUAAUUCCAUGAAUCGCUUCUCUUUGGAAACAAUACUUAUAAUGUGAAGUGUUAAUACUAGUUUUGACUUUAGUGUUUCUGUGCAUGGUGGCACCAAUGAAGGGAGUGAGUGUGUGAGUGUGAGUGUGAGUGCGUGUGAGUUUGCACGUUGUGGUGUUUCUCCCCCUUGCUGUCCGGAGUUGAGCUCGCAGCACUGGGGCCACAAGCAGAGACUGUGGUUGUUUUAACCUUGUGCAAAAAGGCAGUUAGUUCCAUGAACCCUGGAACUUGGCCAUGUGUCUUGUGGGUGGCUGAACUCUGACAGGUGGCUGUUCAAGUAAGAGAAGGACAGAGGGCGGGGAAGCACCUCCUCUCUGGUCAGUCUUUGUCACUGUGUCUGCCGAGCAAUUGAUAUAUAACCAUCAUUGUCUGCUUUUCUUCUGAAAUGUAGAAACUGCCUUUUGACAAAGAAAGCCAGUCCUCCCUGCUUCCCUCUCCCCGCCCCUGUUGUCCUGGGAAGGCAUGGGAAAAGGGGCAAGGGGAGUCCUAGGUUUUCAGAUGGGUAAUGGUUUUUUAGAUAACAUUUAACCCAUCUAAAUGUUCUCUCCCUCCCUCCUCUUUCCUCCUUUCUCUCUUCCUCCCUCCUUCUCUUGCUCUGUGGAAUUGCCACUCAGUUCCUGUGUGUGUGCACAUGUGCAGACCCGUUUGAUGAACUAGAGGAAAGAAAAGAGGGCCACAGCGCCGAAGCUUUCUGUGUUGAUGUCCUUUGUGUUCCCGCUGGGGUGGAAUGCCCAGUCCUGACUCACAGGCGCUGAGAGUGUUGGCUUGUUACCCAGGGAAGCUGCCGUCCAGUCUGCCGUCCUUCCUCUGCGCUGGUGGGGACACAAGCGAGGCUUUCCGAAGGCUUACCGAUAACGGCUUUCUGCAAUGUUGAAUAGUGUUUUUGCUUCCAAAUUGGGACUUUUUUGUUUUCCUCUUCCCACCGAAUUUGACAUCAGAAUUCUUUCUUCCUGUGUCAUUCAUCCCAGGUCACCUCGUUUCCCUUCACUGUUCACACAACGCUGUCUGCGGAGUGGGUGGCGGGCGUAUGGUCUGGACCCAGGGCCAGUGUACUCAGCGGGUGUCGUUGCCCACCUGGUGCGGGGUGCUGGGUGUCAGGCCUUGGUAAUUUGGGGAAAUGCAGUCAGCAGGUUUUCUGGGAAGUUUGGGAAGCUGCGAAAACAAAGCAAAACAAAAAAGCCUCAGCAUAAUUUUGUCCACAGUUUCUUCCAUAGCUUUCCCCCAGAGGGAAGGAAUGGGCUGUGGUGGGCGGGGUGGAAGAGGGGUACGCAGGUGUGGCUUUUGGGUUAGGCCUACAAGAUCACCCCUGGGCCCCCUCUUUAAAAGGAGGACGUGAUCAUACCCUGGAGAGAAUGGCCCUAAAAACCUUAUUUUUAUACAUGUGAGUAAAUAAACAGAUAUUUUUUUUACAAAAAUAACUUCUGAAUUUAUCAGUGUUUUGAUGUUACAGGAAAAUAUUCCUCUGUAGUAAAUUAUUUAUUGGAAGAUGACUUUUUAAAAGCUGCUGUUUGCCCUGGCUUGGUUUCAUACACUGAUUUAUUUUUCUAUGCCGGGCAGUAGACUCUCUCUGCCUCUGAGAAGCAGGCUGACCCCGCCACGGAUACCAGCGUUGACAUAGGAUGCUGCUGAGCCCCUUACAUACCCUUCAAGAUUUGGUUAAAUUCUACCCGUGAGGAUGGAAGUUUUGGGGACAGGCGAAGAGGAGGCCCGUGUGCUGUGGGCCCCGCUUAGAGUCCUUCCCUACUGUCACUCAGGCUUCCCCAGUGCCUGCCUCUGUGGCACCCCCUGUGGGCAGUGACACACUUCCAGAUGGUAGUGGACUGGCCCCAGGGCAGGCUGAGGGCAGAGCUCUCACUUCACAGUUGGCAUUGGGCUUGAGGGGACAGGUGUGAAGAGUGUGGCUGCCCGAGCCUGGGUCCCCGUGCUUGUACAGUUACUGAGCUGUCCUCCUUGUCCUGAGGCUGUGCCCGUCAGUGGGAGAGAGCUUUGACGGAAAGGUGCGCUUGCUAUCUGCAUUAUGUUUUCUCUCUUCUCCCUAACCACAAGAGGCAAGAGCAAGCCCUGACUGCCUCAGCCUCUCGCUCCCUCCCAGACACACACACACACACAUACACACGCGCGUGUCAUCAAAAUGUUUCAGUGUGUGAUAUGUGCAGGGUUUUGUCGGGGGCGGGGGGAGAGUAAAAAUGAAUAUUAACUGAAAAUGGAAGCACACUUUUUAUAAUUUUUCUUUUUAAAACUUUGUGAAAUUAUUUCAGAUACAUAUUUUAGUGUUGAGGCAGAUUAGUAUAUAGCCACCAAAAAAAUAUUGUGUAAAAUUUGGGGCAGCCACAAAAUUGUGUAUUUUAUGUUACAAUAAAGCCUUCCUCUGAAGGGACAA